CACAGCCAUUGAGGUUGAAUGCAUGGAUGUUUCCCGCCCCUCCUUUUCCUCCACCUCACAUCAAUGCUGGCUGGCUGCUGCAGACUGCAGUGCCUGCUGGCGGCUUGCCUGCACCUUCGCAUCCCAUCCCACACAUGUGCCACCGGACAGCUCCAUGGUACGACGGUAAGAUGGACGUUGCUGCCGUGCUUCUCUAUCAGAUGAUGUCUGCUGCGGACAGGA